AUGGCUGAUUUGGCUCCUCUCUCUGAACCCGUUCCUUCGCCUUUGCUGAAGGAGAUUGGACGAGAGCCUAUGGAGGAAGAUCGAUCGACUAAGAAAGCCAAAUUCAGAGAGAAUCAGGAGGAGGAUAUGGUUGAAGUCCAGGAUGUCCCUAUGUCCUUUAAAGAUAAGGUUUUACAAGCAGACAAGGAGAGAGUGGUUUCCAUCUCAGGGACGUGUGAUGAUUUCAAUAUGAUGGAGGAUGAUGUGAUUAUUAGCAACGAUGAGGGAUUACCGAUGAUUAGUUUUUCCAAUAGGGUGAAAGAGGAGCUAUCCAAACCAUGGCGUCGAUCGGUGGUAGUGAAAUUGCUUGGUAGACCUAUUGGGUUUAGAAAUCUUUGUAACAGACUUAAGUCGAUGUGGAAUUUUACUCAAGGUUUUGACGUUAUAGAUCUUGAGAAUGACUAUUUCCUGGUAAAGCUAAAGAGUGGGUGUGAUGUGGAAGCUGUGUUAACUGGUGGCCCAUGGGUGAUAUUAGGGCAUUACUUGGCUGUCAAAUCCUGGGAUGAAGAGUUCAAUUGUUCCGCAGAUAGCAUUCAAUCUGUUCAUGCUUGGAUUAGGCUUCCGGGAAUGCCAAUCCAUUACUAUAAUAAAAAAGUCCUCCGCUAUAUUGGUGAGAUGGUAGGGAAAGUGGUGAAGAUAGACUAUUGCACUGAAUUGGCCGAGCGAGGUAAAUUUGCUAGAAUUGCCGUGGAGGUGGAUUUGACUAAGCCAUUAGUUUCUCAAUUUAAGAUUGAUGGCAUAAUGCAAAAAGUAGAGUAUGAGUGCAUGCCCAGGAUUUGUUUUCAUUGUGGUAAAUUUGGGCACGUGAAAGAUCAUUGCCCAGAGCUUUUUAUUGCUAGGAAUGCAGACAUCAUGACUAAUGUUCAGGCUGGAGCAAUUCUGUCCGGGGAGUCUGAGAAGGAGAAUAGUAAGGGUAAUAACCAGGAUACCAAUAAGGGGCAAGCUAUGAGGGAUAAUUCUCCAAGCUACGGUCCAUGGAUGAUGGUGGGGAGGAGAGGUAGAACGGCUCCAGUGAAGAGAAGGGAUAGCGGGAAUCAAGGGACUGCUAUGAGAAAUUCGAGGGAUUCGAGGGAUUUGACGGGAUCUAGAUUCCAUAUUUUGGAAGAUGAAGAUAAGGAAAAUACAACAGAAGUUGGAAAGAGUCCUAUUAUUAAGGAAGUUGUUGAAGGAAUUAAUAAGGAGAAUACUAGCCCUAAUAUUCAGAGAGAUAAUCAAAGGCAACAUGCAAAGAAUGACGGUAUUACCCUUGAUAGAUUGGGCCCAGUUUUGACCCAGAAAACGAAUACACGAGGGCCCAAGAUUUCUUCUAAUCCUGUUACUAAACGAUUUAAUAUGUCCAAAGUGGUUACCUCUCUGAAUCCUGAGAAUCACUCAGCUGUGAAUAUUUCGUAUGAGCAUGCUAGCUCCUCUAAUGCUCUGGGUAAUGCUUCUAGAGGGAUGGUUAACCAGGUGGAGGAGCUUCAAGAUAUGGACAUGGUUGUGGAUGAAACGGUGCCCCCUGAUAUUGAUAAUACGAAUCCAGGAGUGUUGGGUUGUAUUUCGAAUCAAGUAACAGGGACUCAAUCGAAUAUUAUUUCUGAUGUGGAUAUGGGAGAAUUUCAAAUAAUUCCUGAAGGAAAUGUGGUGAUUAAUGGGGUUCCCAUUAGGCAGGAGUGUAGACGUACGUGA